UCACAUGCUCUUCAUGGGCCAAACCAAACACUGCCUCAAUCAGAAGAAACAGCUCAGGAUUCUCCCAAACAAGCGGACACUGGCAACCAUGAACACCACAGCGAUCAAGAGCUUCAAUGGGUCUGAGCAGUGCCCCAGAGACACACGGGUAGCGCAGUUGGUAUUCCCAGCCAUCUACACGGUCGUGUUCAUCCUCGGCAUCCUGCUGAACACUCUGGCCCUGUGGGUGUUCCUUCACAUCCCCAGCUCCUCCACCUUCGUUGUCUACCUCAAAAAUACUCUGGUGGCCGACUUGAUAAUGACGCUCACACUUCCAUUCAAAAUCCUCUCCGACUCACACCUCGGACCCUGGCAACUCCGGGCCUUUGUGUGUCGUUUCUCCGCUGUCAUCUUUUAUGAGACCAUGUAUGUGGGGAUCAUACUGCUAGGCUUUAUAGCCUUUGACAGAUUCCUCAAGAUCAUCAGGCCUUUUGGAAAAUUCUUCGUCCAAAAACCUGCUUUUGCAAAACUGGUCUCGAUCCUCAUCUGGCUCCUCUUGUUCCUCAUCUCUCUGCCAAAUAUAAUCUUGAGCAACAAGGAAGCAACGCCAUCAACCGUGAAAAAGUGUGCCUCCUUGAAGGGCCCGCUGGGGCUGAAAUGGCAUCAAGGGGUGAACAACAUAUGCCAGUUCAUUUUCUGGACUGUUUUUGUCCUGAUGCUUCUGUUUUAUGUGGUGAUUGCAAAAAAAGUAUACAACUCUUAUCGAAAGUCCGGAAGUAAGGACAGCAAACACAACACAAAGCUGGAAGGUACCUCCCACAAUAUUCCCCACAGACCAUGAAUUACAACUGUUUGAAAUACAGUAUGUCAUUGUUGUGUCAUUCUGGGUACAUUUAUGGAGGGAAUGCUGACCCACAAUCACUAGCAUCCAUACUGGGGAAAUUUAGCAAAGGAUGACUACCUGUUGUUACUUAUUUACCUCUACAUUUCUUCUUGAAUUCCCUGUGUGCUUCAAAACAACUAAAAUGCGGUCAUCUAGAAUUGUGGACACGGAUUUAUAUCUCUAGAGAAAAUGCACAAAGGAGUAGUCAUGCUCUGUAAAUGUGCCUCUGGCUCCAACGCGAUCACCAUAGCUGAAACCCAGGCCUCUUCCCAUGUUUUCCAAGGCGCUAAAGGCCCUGGAACUUCCCCACCUUUCUGGCCUUAUCUCCUAACUGCUCUUCCAUCCCUGGAACAUGACACUCUUAUGGAUGUUUGUAACUGUCAAAACAUGCCUUGCUCCUUUUCGUCCCUGGGCCACUCACUGCACAGGUAAAUCUCCCUUUGACCCAAUCAUGAAACCCUAAGAUGCCAUCACUUGGCCCAUGAAAUCUCUUCUAGUCAACCUCCCACCACCAUCUCAAACCCAAUCACCCCCUCAUUGGACUGUUGUCACACCUCAAUUAUUGUACUUAUCACACUGCUUUGUAAUUACUUGCCCACACACAUACCUACUCUUUUAAUAAUCUAUGUAUAUUUUUGGGAGCAGAGAUUGUGUCUCAUUGUGAAAUCAAUAAAUA